GCUUCAACAGCGUAGUUUUUAUAUACAUAUUGUUAAGCAUCUAGAAAUAGAAAGAAUAGGAUGCAUUCAAUAACAGUUUGGAAAUUGGCGAGACGACCAAACUACUUCACUAACGUAAACCAUAUAUACCCGUACUCAGAGGUGCCCUACAUCGGCGAAUACUACCUAGUCAGACUACCGCUAUCUUCCACUAAUCUCAUCGACCAUGUGGAUUACUGGGGCGAAGGCAAAAUCGAGUCCGAUGCAGGCGUAAGCGGCUUCGCAAAUUGCUACAACGUUAACCAUCAGUACCAGCUCGUCAGCAAUGGACCAGACAGAAACAGGAAAAUACCGAAUCGCGUUCCAGUCGUCAGCUACACCAACUGCAACACUGCUAGCUACAUCAAAGACAACAGUGUGAAACUCGUUACCCUCAUGGGUGCUCCCAUAAACAAAAGCUGCGCUCAAGAUAUUGCAAGAAUGAUCAAUUUUGAAACUGGCACCAUCAUAAUUUUCGGAUUUGAAGAAACGCAGGCAGACAUUAAAAAUCUUAAUGAAGAACUACAGAUUAAAGGGCUUCUUUAUUGUCACGGGUACCAACUCCCAGAAACGCUGCAAGGUGUGACUCUGUUCGGGGCCAAUAGUCAUAGAACGUACACAAAUAUAACAGAAAUGGGUGAAGAGCUACGUAAGAGAGUUGAAGCAGGUAAUUACGAUAGUGCAGUGAAUAUUACAUUAACUUUAGAUGGAAGUAGCAACGGAUCUACGAUAUCAGAUGUUGUAAGGAAACUAUUAGAGAAAGGAGUCAAAAAUACAAUGGAGUUUCUUAUAAGCUCUGGAACAGUUCCAACGAAAUUGUUACUAAGCACUUUCCUGUCGCCUUUAAUUUGAUUUUUAAAGGAAAUUUCGUUAAAAUAAUGGGAAAGAAGAAUUUCAAAGCUGUCAAAUUAAAUGCUAAUACAGAGAAGACUGUGGUUAAGAAUACAUUUGCUUGGUGCGACGGUAAAGAUAAUACAAGUGGUGCAGUCCGUUG